UUUUAUAUCCUUCUCAUGCACGAAGAAUCUACAUCUGAUUUGUUAAAUAACAGCUUAAAAUCAUUAUAUGAUUUGAAAUUUUGCGUAAAAACUCUUUUAGAAACAUUUAGUUUGCGAAAAGAAACACCUAUAGCUAGUAAUAUCAAUAAAAUUCAGAAUCAAUUAAAGCAUAUAUUAGCUUUAUAUGGGACAUUGGGAAAAAAUAUUAGUGUGCUCAAUCCAGCAAAUAUGAGUUUAGGAAAUUUGAGCUAUUUAAGUCAAGAUCCUUUUUCAGAAAAAAAUAAUUUAUAUAAGUCAACAUUACAGGCAUAUCGUUGGGCAAAUAUACUUUCUGAAAAUUCUGCAAUAGCUGCCUCAUUAACUGCUCAGAAUUCUCUCAAAAGGUCAACUACAAAUAAUAUCUUUAACAUUAAGAAGAAUAGACAAAUAUCAUUGUACAAUGUUUCUCCACAGAUAAUCGAGACUAUGGUCAUAGGCCUUAACCGCCUCUUUCUCGACAUGUCCGUCUCAAUCCGCGCUCCCUCUACCGCCAUCUCGUAUUCAGCCGCUCCACCACCUCCUCCCGUGGAUGACGCCACCCAAGUUCCCCCUCAAAUUCCUACCGCAAAAGGGCCCGGUCCCGGACGCCCUCCUUAUCCCCCACUAUCGCAACCGCACAUGACUCCAGCUCUCCAAUCCAGUGUUGUCGUUCUGGACGUAGUAGUGGGCCAGGUCCUUCGAGCGCGCGUCUGCCUUCGUAGUCUUAUAGUGGAAGCCGUCGUAGUUCGGGCUUACGACGAGCGGUACGCAGUGUCCUCCCGUUUUGAAAGUGAUGAUAUCGUCAGCGGGGGCGAAAGCUACGGAGGCAACGUCUGGUACUGGUCCGAGGUGCCUUCCGCCGCCACCAACGCACUAAGCGCAGAAAUCUGGAUCGAAUCGCGGUACCACGUCUUUAGAAAGAUAACGGAAUACGCUCAAGCCGCUAUGCUACAUUUUUACUCUCCCCUGAUACCAGAAUUGGCUAUCAAAUCGUUCAUGACAUGGCUUCAUAGUUACUCCUCCCUGUUUAGCGCUACUUGUCAUAAAUGUCAAAAGCAUUUGAGAGAUUUCUUACCUCCCACCUGGAGGGACUUCAGAACGUUAGAACCAUACCACGAGUUUUGUAGGUUUUGAUUAUAUUUCUUCUAUAUAGUUUUUUUUGUUAUACACGAUUAAAUUAUUUGUAAAUAAACCAUUCCGGAAUAUUGUUAGUUUAUCGAAUACAUUUACUGAAAUUAUUAUAUGUACACAUUUUUCAUGAUUAA